CUUUGAUGAUGAGAAGCAAGUGAUUCUCAUAACAUUAAAUCAGUAAAAAUAACAGAUAUAAAUAAUAUAAUCAUCCCUUAUGUUGGUUAUGGCUACUUUUUUAAUAAUAUGGGGGUUUUUAUCAUGUUUUCCCACAGUACUACCAGAUGAGAGAGAAUUUCAAUAUGCUGCUAAAAUGAAUAAUUUGGAUACCAUGGAAAAGCUGUUUAAAAAGAAUGUUGAUAUAAAUGCUGUAGAUACUCUGAAGCGCACUGCAUUCCAUUUUGCUGUUGCGGGAGGCCAUGUGUCCGUGGUGGAUUUUCUUCUUCAUCACAAAGCUAGACUUGACAUGGCAGAUCAGCAUGGCCUGACAGUGAUUCAUCUUGCAGCUUGGACUGGAAAUCUGGAUAUUAUGCGAAAAUUGGUUAAAGCAGGUGUUGAUCAAAAGGCUAAGAAUGAGGAAGGAAUGAAUGUACUGCAUUUUGCCGCUCAGAGCAACAGCAUUAAAAUAGUUGAUUAUUUCCUGCAAGAUCUGCAUCUGAAUGACCUGAACAAACCUGAUGGGAAGGGUAGAAAGCCAUUUCUUUUGGCCUCUGAAAAAGGCCAUGUUGACAUGAUAAAAAGUUUGAUUGCUCUGAAGCUAUUUACGUCUGAAAAAGAUGAGGUGGGAAACACAGCAUUGCAUUUAGCAGCCAAAAAUGGUCACAGUGAAGUUGUAGAAAUUCUUCUUGAACAAUGGGAAGAAAUAAAUGACCUCAAUCAGAAUGGAGAAACUCCAUUUUACUUGGCUGUUGAAGGAGGUCAUGAAAAAUGUGCUGAACUCUUACUGGAGGCAGGGAGUGACAUCAAUGUUUCAACUCAGAACAAUAGCAAUGCUUUGCAGGUUGCAAUUCAGAAUGGACAUCUAUCCUUGGUUACUUUUCUUAUUGAUAAGAAUAUUGACCUGGUUGCUAAACCUGAGCAGAAGAAUUCCCCUCUCCAUUUAGCCAUUAUCAGUAAUAAUCUACCGGUAGUAAAAAGCCUUUUGGAUGCCAAUCACGACAUAAACUCCUUAAAUCACAGGCAGGAAACCCCUCUACAUCUGGCAGCUGAUCUUGGCAAUGUGGAAUUGGUGGAAAUGCUGCUGAAGUCAGGCUGCAAUCUCAAGGUCAUGGAUAAGCAUGGAAAAACUGCAUUAGCCACAGCAUCAAGGAGCCAUCAUGCCCUCAUUGUAGAUAUGAUCAUUAAAGCAGAAAGGUAUUUUGCCAUGAAACAGACACAUCUAGCCCAUAGUGGUAAUGGGUCAGACUUCAGCGUGUCCUUCAAACAAGAUCACAGUACACAGACCAAGCAAAUCCGUUCCUCCCUUUGGAAUUUAGCAUAUAACCAGUUAAAACCCCGUGAAUGGAAAAAACUGGCUGUGUUCUGGAAGUUCACUGAUGAACAAAUUAAAGCUAUUGAAGAACAGUGGACAGGGAAAAAAAGUUACAAGGAACAUGGAAACAGAAUGUUGCUCAUCUGGUUACAUGGUACGUUGCUGGUUCAUCAGAAUCCUGUUAAACAUCUAUAUGAAGAUCUGGUGGAAGCAGGACUUCAGCCUUUAGCUGAGAAGAUCAGAGCUUCGAUUUGCAUUGGCAUGGACUCCAGGAAAUGUGUCAUUUCAUGAGUUCAUCAACAAAACAUGGCAUAUAUGAUGGAAUUACGUGCCAGAUGGAAAGUGGCUUUCAAAUAUCUUUUUGGGAAACAAAAAACCUAUUUUGAAGCUGUACAGCUUUUUCCACCCUAGAAAAACUUUUACUCCUGAAAUGCUUGCUAUAUACAAAUAUAAAAAAUUUAAGAGCGAAUGGCUGACUGGCAGUUUAUAACUGCUAAGCAAGACUCACCACUUACAAUUUCUACACCUGACCUAACAGCCAUAAACUAAUUCUGUAUUGGAACUGCAAAUUCAGCUACUUUGUGUUUGAUGUGAAAUGUAAAUAAGAUGUUUUCUACAUGGAAAAAAUCAAAUCUAAUAAGUGAAAAUUACGUGUAUAAAUCAAUUAACACUUCCAGAAAUAAGCUAGCAUCUGGCCUCACUCGGGAUUCAGGUUUUUACAAAUUCUUGCUAGGAAUAUGACAAAUCUCUCUACUGUAGCAUUUGAUUUAUGUAGUGAACAAACACAAAAAUGUCACAUGUAAACACCACGUGUGGCUGGCUGCAGAAUUUUCUAUCAUGGCAAAACACUGUAUACAUACCCCCAAAAGAGCAUUCAGUAUUUAAUACACAACAAAUCUAGCAAUUAUUUACCUAUUUCUUGUUCAUAUCUUGAAUUAAUACUUGGCAGUGUCCUGCUGAAUAUGUUUAAAGGUUUUCUUAUUACUGAAUAUAUUUAAUAUCUGAAAAAUUAUGUAAAUGUCUAUCUUUAUGAUCUUCUUUAUAACAUAGUAGCAAUAGUUUUAUCAUGUAAUGGAGGAAUGGAAUUGCCUUUUCUGUUUGAAUAUAGCUAGCAUUAUUUUGUGCUGAAUCCUACCCUACUGUUUGUACUAAAAAGGUGAUCUGUAUCUUAGUCUGAAUUCCUAACUGCCCUCUUGUGUGCAACCUUCUUUGACUCGGUUGCAGAGCAUCCCAGGAAUAUGAAGAACAGAGAGUUAAGGUUUUGGAAUUAGGGAUCUAAACUACAGAUCUUUGGAACUCUACAUAUUCAUCAGGUUCUGCAACAUAAACUUGGAAAAUGAAAAUGUUUAAGAAUUUGAUGGACUGGGUACCUCACCUAGCCUAAACUGGACCCUCAGUGUGGAUGAUGCAACCCUGCUGUUUUCCAUUUAAAUACACUGUUGUAGGAUAUAAUUAAGGUACAUGUCAAGUACACUUACUUGCAUAAGCAACUAAAAGUAUUUGUAACAAAAAUAAAUUUCAUUUUCUCUUGAACA